AUGAGGCUCACCUCGCUCUCUGAGGCUGCCACCUGGACGGUGGCCCUUGCCGCCGGAGCCAGCGCCCAAAACUCAUCGUCCUUUGCGCACGAGUGCAGCUCUCUCGCCACCGUCCUCUCGUCCGUGCUGCCGAAUGCUACCGUCUGGUUCUCCGAAUUUGUCGCCGGCGGCACCAACAUUUCCUUUCCAGACAAUGACCCGAGCUGUGCGCGUCCUGUCCAAGCCGUCGAGAAUGACUUGUGCCGCGUGGCGCUACGUGUGCCGACCACCAACCAAAGCGAGAUCAGCAUGGAAGCUUGGCUUCCCUCGAAUUGGACCGGCCGCUUCUUGAGCACCGGCAACGGAGGCGUGUCUGGCUGCAUCCAGUACGAGGACAUGGCCUAUGCUGCCGACCUUGGCUUUGCCACUGUCAGCGCUAACAAUGGCCACAAUGGCACCCGUGGCAUCGCCUUCGGUAGGAACGACGAUGUGGUCCUGGACUUUGCCUGGCGCUCCGUCCAUACCGGUGUGGUCGUAGGCAAGGACAUCUCGAAGACCUUCUACCGAAAGAACCACACCAAGUCUUACUACCUAGGAUGCUCUACCGGCGGUCGCCAAGGUUUCAAAUCUGCUCAGAGCUUCCCGGACGACUUCGAUGGCGUCGUUGCUGGUGCACCUGCCUUCUCUUUCGUCAACCUCACCUCGUGGAGCGGUCACUUCUACACCAUCUUCGGGGGCAACGACACCGAGCGGUUCGUACCUACAGAGUUAUGGGCCAAGAUUCACGAAGAUAUCCUCGCCCAGUGUGAUGGCCUUGACGGCGUCGUCGAUGGCCUCAUAGAGGACCCUGACCUCUGCCAGUACCGUCCGGAGGCUCUCCUCUGCGACUCCAACGCCACGGACAUCUCGGACUGCCUAACGGGCCCGCAAGCCGACGCCGUCCGCCAGGUCUUCUCGCCGCUUUACGGCGUUGACGGCUCCCUCGUGUACCCACGCAUGCAGCCCGGCAGCGAGGUCCUCGCCUCCAACAUCCUCUACGGCGGCACCGACUUCAUAUACACGACCGACUGGUUCCGCUAUGCAGUCUACCGCAACCCCUCGUGGGACCCGGCCACGCUCUCGCCCGCCGAUUACGCCACCGCCGCGGCCCAAAAUCCCGGCAACAUCCAGACGUGGGACGACCUGACCGGCUUCCGCGCCAAGGGCGGCAAGCUGCUGCACUACCACGGCCUCAUGGACGCCAUCAUAUCGUCGGACAACAGCCCGCGCUACUACAAUCAUGUGUCCCGCAGCAUGGAACUCACCGCUUCCGAGCUCGACGACUUCUACCGCUUCUUCCGCAUCUCCGGCAUGGGCCACUGCGGCGGCGGCGACGGCGCCUACGCCAUCGGCAACACCCUCGACAGCCUCGCCAGCCUGGACCCGGACCAGAACGUCCUCAUGGCCAUGGUGCGCUGGGUCGAGGACGACGUCGCGCCUGAGAAGAUUGUCGGCACCAAGUGGGUCAACGGCACCCAGGAUCUCGGCGUAGAGUACACGCGGGCACAUUGCAAGUACCCUGCCCGGAACGUCUACAAGGGCAGUGGCGACGGCUCGGAUGCUGAGGGCUGGGAGUGCGUUGUUUGA